UAAACAAAGAAGUAAAUGAAAUAUAUAUAUAUAUAUAUUUUUUUUUAACAAUGCAAGAAAACUCUCGUCUGUACAUAAAAAGAAAAUAAUGUGCCUUAGGAAUGAUUAGAAUUAUAUGAAAUGUACAUAAAUAUAAAAGGCACAAAGAGAAUCACGCAAAGAAAAUCUUUGGUUUAACAUUAGUCUUAAUGGCUAUAAUUCUCAUUUAAAACUAUUUGCUUUAAUGUCAGUACUUGACACUUCAAAGGAUACAGCAGAGUUUUCUCGAUCGGGGUUUUUUCAAUACAGCUUUAAUAGCUUCCAUAAAGACUUCCUCGAGACCCUCCUGCUUUAUAGCGGAACAUUCGACAUAUUUAACUGCUUUGAUUCUUUUUCUCAUUUUGUUGCAGUCUCGCGAACUGAUAAUAUCCAUAGUUUCUUGAGUCCUGAGAUCUCCCUUGGUACCUAAUAAUAACAAAAUAAUAACAAAAUGAAAUAACUAAUUGUAAGUGAACUUUUUCGACAUAGUUGAAUUUGUUCAUUAUAUAAAUGAUACGUGCAAAGGAAGCAUAAGAAGUAUUUAUAAUUUGUAAUAACAAUAAGGAUUUAAACACAUGUAGAAGACGAUUGAAAAGCUAUGGGGAAAGAUUUGUUCUGAUUAUUAUCAUACAAAAUAAUCUUUUAUUUUUAUUGUAUGUGUAUGUAUUUACCCACGAGUAUAAUCGGCACAUUGGGACAGUGUAGUUUGAGUUCCGGAUGCCAUAUACUCGCUACAUUUUCGAAGGAGCUACGACCACUUAUGGAGAAACAGAUCAGGAAACAGUCAGUCUACAAAAGAGAAGAAUAAUUACAAGAUUAUGCAACACAUUCGAAGAGAAGUUUUUUUUCGAAGAAUAUCAUAUAUAUAUCAUAUAUAUAUAUAUAUAUAUAUAUAUAUAUAUAUAUAUAUAAUAAUCAAAAGAUGAAUCUUCUUGAAUUGAAGUCAUUGAAAACACUCCAAUUAUCACGCACGUUUGGAUACGAUAGCGGCCUAAGUCGCUCGUAAUCUUCUUGACCAGCUGUAUCCCAUAAUGUCAUUUCAAAUUGCUGUCCACCCACACAUAUGUUAUCGACGUAGUUAUCAAAACUGAAAAAAAGAUACAUCAAAUUAUAAUUUAAAGUGACCCAAAUAGCAAACUGACGUUAUUAAAUGUUAAAAUGAUGUCAUUUUCUACCUGGAGAAAUACAUAUCAAUCGAAGAAAUUACGAUUAUUCAUGAAAUUCAAAUUAAAAUGAAAUAUAAUGAAACAUUAUUUACUUUUUUUUUGAUAUACAAUGAUGAGACAGAAGCAAGCGUGUGUAAAAAUAAAUGUAUAGAUCCAUAGGAUAUAUUCUGUUGGCACAAAAAAACGGUUGUUGUAAACUAUGACGUUAUAUAUUAUGAGACGAUACUUACACUGUAGGUACAUACUCCGUUGGGAAUUCCUUCAUCGUAUACGUGAUGAGCAUGCAUGUUUUCCCGACCAUGCCAUCGCCGAUGGUCGUAAUUUUAAUCGGCCUGUUUCGAGACACCAUCUUCGUUUCCUCUACAAAAACUCCAUUCUCUCCUAUCCUUCUGCUCUCUGGAUAUUCGAGGAUGCAACUUGCAUUUUUUAAGCUGUGAAAAGAAGGCAACGGACACAUUCAGUCACUGACUUAUGGCAUCACGACUAUCCCUGUCGUUAAACACGCCGUAUCGCAUAUCAAUGAAAUGAGUCGACCGUUUCAUUCCUGUCGCUGUAUUUAGCAUCAACAUCUUACUGCCCAAAGAUCGUCCAAUGUCUGAAUUUUAAAAACAUGAAUUGGAGGAAAGAAUUUAACGCUCUAAUUUCUACAAAGGACACGCGGAUCCUCUGUCACGAUUAAUGAAUUCGCUUGCACGAAGAUAUACAUUUAUUCGCGAGGGUUCGUCGUACAUCGGGGUUAACGAAACUCGCUGCUGACGCUUCUUAUCGAGUAGGAGUCAUUAUCAUCGCCGCCAUCCGGUCCUGUACUCUCCGGCAACAACGAUCUGCCUGAAUAGAAACUGCGAUAAAUUGAUAAUCGUUAUCGCGAUCCAUAUUCAAAUUAAUUCGCCCAAAAUGUGACUUUACAAUAAGAUUGAGCGCGGCGUCUUUGCAAAGUAAAUUACUCACCGUGAAGUCGUCAUACGUGAAGAAAACGUGCGUUAAUCGGUAACACUGAAAACAUCUUGCACUACUUCGGAGAUAUAGUACGGAGUGUAUAGCUUGCACAUACAUACACACACACACUUAUCUAUUCAAAGACCAGAGGGAAAGAAUGGAUGACGCAUGCCGCGCAUACGCACGUCGCAACAGCCGCUCGAGGACUGCCAAAGACUGCAGAAACGCGCACGAUUAAUGUGUGCCCCUGUCGUGGACAGUCGCCGUCAUAGGAAAAAUCAGCUGACAAACGAAAAAAAUGGAGGAAUCCGCAAACAGUAACGAGAUGGAACUUGAGAAUGCCGAAAGCUCAGAUCUGAUUAUUUCUGACAUCAAACAGUUUGCAACGUUAAGAGAUUCGAUUAAAAUGUUCGAUAGACAGGCACAGAGAUUGAACAAGCAUACGUUGAAUUUAGUCGAGAGUAAUCACAACAUUGAAAGGAACGUGGACAAGCUGGAGCAAAACAUGGUCAAACAUGACGCAAAAAUAAUGACGACUGCGAAGCUCCAUGUCGAAAAGAAGCAGGAAUUGAUGGAUUUGCAAAAUGCGAAGGCGAAUAUAUCGCAUAAAGAAUGGGACAAUUGCCUAUCAAAAAUAGGAAAAUACGCAGAUAGUUUUUCCCAGUGGAUAACGGAAUACUCAAGAGAUACCUUGAUGAAGCAUAUCGAAGGUUAUCAGAAAGAGUGCAAAAAAGUUAGUGACGAGCUUACAAUUCUGAAGCGAGAAGUCGAUGAUGCGAUAAGAAAAUACGAUUUGAAUUAUAUUGAAGCUAAUGUGGACGUUGACGACUUGCCGAGUUUUGAUAGCGUAAUUUCUGAUAUCAAGUCGAGCAACAGUAAGUCAAUGCACAAUGUUAGAUCUACAGAAGACACGUUAAACAGGAUACAAGGGAAGCUAAAGCAGAAAAAAAUCAUACUUAACGAAUAUAAGAUGAAGGAAAAGACGAUUCAAUAAAUAAAAAUUGUUAUUCAU